GGCAUGAACUACAAACAGCUCUUUCUUUGGUAAAAAAUAGAGAAUUUAUACACUAUAAGUGUGCAGCUCAUAUUUUGAACAUUGCAAUAAAACAUAGUAUGCAACUUGAGACGACGAUUAUUAAGAAAGUUAGAGAUUUUGUUGAAUACCUGAAACUAAAACUUGAUAUCGAUACCCACUGGAACA